UCAGGUACUUAUUUCGACUCUCCGGGUGAUAGCAAGCAGCUGCCUGUUGAAAAUGACUGAAAUCACUCUUGAAUUCUUACAGGAUCUUAUUAAGGACGAUUAUCCUGAUGUAACACUACACAGCUUUGAGGGCGCACCGGGCUCCAAAAGGGGGGAUAAUUACACUUCAAUGGUGUACCGUAUAUCUAUGAAAGGCACUCGAAAACACAUAGAACCGGACGGCUCCAGCGAAAACGAAGAGCCAUGGAACACGUCCAUCAUUUACAAACGUCUCCCCGAAAGUAUUUUGAUGAAGGAGGCAUUCAAAAGCGACGAAUUGUUUUGCAAUGAGGUCGCAUUUUACAAUAAAAUAUGGCCGGCGCUGUCGAGCUUUCAAGAAUUGUGGGAGAAAGUGAAGAGUCCUUUUAAAUCUAUACCGAAAUGUUAUUUGGCGCAGUCCGAUUCGGUUAUUCUUAAAGAUUUAAAACAAUUAGGCUUUGUGAUGCCAGAUAGGAGGCAGGGUCUCACCACGGAGCAAUGCUACUUCGUGCUGAAACACCUUUCGCAUUUCCACGCAUUGUCUUUGGCGAUGAAAUGCCAUAAUCCUGAGGGGUUUUAUGAAUUGUUGAAUGACAAAGAUGGCAUAUCUGAAGUAUUUUUCGUAUCAGAAAAUGAGGAGUAUUAUAAGAAUUACUACCGUGAGGCGUCAGAGAAUGCAAUAGCUAUGGUGGCUCAGGAGUUGAAGGACUCGGAAGACAAGGAGCUGUAUUUGGGCAAGCUGCAGCAGUUCUGCAGCGAGGACACCUUCUUCCAGAGCAUGGUGGAGCUGGUCACGCCCAAAGAACCGCUGGCCGUCAUCUGCCACGGAGAUUGUUGGACCAACAACUUUUUGUUUCGAUAUGUUGACGGGGAUAUUGCUGAGAUGUACCUCGUUGAUUUCCAACUAGCCCGCUACGCGUCUCCGGCCAUGGACUUGGCGUACCUCAUGUACCUCUGCCUGGACCGUCAGCAGCGCUCCGAGCACCUCUCCUCGUUGCUGGAGUACUACGUGGACGAGCUUCACAGGCGGCUCGUUGAAAUGAGUGAUGACGAUUCCAUCUUCAAUACCAGUUUGAAUCGGGAUGCUAUAUAUGAAUUGUUAGAAGGGGAAUUUAAACGCAGUAGUCUUUUCGGUCUCGGCAUGGCUCUGGAUAUGUACCCGAUAAUGACUUGCGACAGUAACGAGGCGCCCAACCUUUAUCAGGCCAAGGAGAGCGAAGUGGUGCCUUCCCGCGAGUGUGUGAAGCCGGUGUGGACCUCGAACGAGAAGUGUCGACGGAAGAUGACCGAACUCAUACAGGAAAUCGUCGACGGCGGACUGUUAUAGGACGGACGAUAUUCCUGUUAGAGCUUUAAUUAUCCUUUAACAAUUGAUAUGAGAAAAUUUAUGAUCAAAUUCUAGUUAUUAAGUUAUUUAGCAAUAGUUUAUUUAAUAUGUAAAUUGUUGACAAAGUCAUAAUAAACUCAGUGAAGAAUUAAAUAGUUAAUGUUUUAUAGAUUGGAAAUAAUAAGUAAAAACUCAAAAAUUUAAGAUUUAUCGACAGUAAAAUAUUUAAAUUUAAUUAUUUAAUUUUUCUAUAAAUUAUAUGCGGGCUAAUAUACAUUAAAAAGAUGAAAGCCCUUAAAAUAAAAAGAACAUUGUAUGCACCAAAUGAAAAAUGAUGAAAUUAUAAGAACAAUAUGAAAAGUAAAUCUGGAUAAACCGGAAAGAACAAAAAAUGAGUUAUAAAUUCACGUUAUUGAUUGGAUAUUUUCAUUUAGCACACCAAAAACCUAUAAAUAUUAUGCAUACGUAUAUAUUUAAAGAUAUAUGUGUGAAAUAAACAUAUAGCUAAUUGCAAAAACAUCUAAAAUUAAACUUAGAAUCGAAGUACUAGAAAAGCAUUUUAAAUUAAGUAGCCUAGUCACUUUUUGGAUC